UCUUUAAGUCUGCAAAGUGCACUUGUGUCUAAAUUUUUGUUGUGUCACGAUGUUUCUGAAAAGUUGUUUUAGGUUAUACAUGACCAAAGUUAAUAUCAAACAAAUAUGUGCUAGUAGAAAUCAAAUUGUAAAUAAUCUCACCGUCAUAUCAAAAAGCGGAAGUUUAUUUUCGAGAUCAGUACACGUAUCCUCAAUAAUGUCCGUCGAUAGAAUAGCAACUUAUGAAGAAGUGAAGUCUUUGACAGAGAAACCAACUGUUUUGCUAAUCGAUGUGCGAGAGCCGGAUGAACUAAAACAAUUUGGCAAGAUUCCUACCAGUAUCAAUAUUCCGUUGAGUACAGUAAGCGAUGUUUUACAAAACAUGCCAAAAGAAGAAUUUCAAGAAAAAUUCGGCAGACCAAAACCAGAACCUGAUACAGAAAUCAUCUUUCAUUGUAAACUAGGCGGAAGAUCGGCUAAAGCUCUGGAUCAAGCUCUUCAGCUAGGUUACAAAAACGCCAGGAACUACAAAGGAAGCUUUGAAGACUGGUCCAAAAGGAAUGCCGGAGCUUGCAAAGGGCAAUCUACUUGCCCUAACUUUAACGAUACACAACAUGACACUGGCAGAAUCGCUACUUAUGAAGAAAUAGUUGAUUUGCCACAGAAACCAGAAGUUUUACUUAUUGAUGUUCGUCAACCGGAGGAAUUGGAGCAGGAAGGAAAAAUUCCGACGGCUAUAAACAUUCCAUUACGUGAAUUGGAAAAUGCUCUCAAGAACAUGUCUCCUGAAGAAUUCAAAACCAAAUUCGGAAGAGAUAAACCAACAUUCGAUACUGAAAUCAUUUUUAGUUGCCGUUCCGGAAAACGAGCAAAGGAAGCUAUGGAAACAGCAUUGGGAUUGUGUUACAAGAAAUCAAGAUACUACGAAGGUAGCUUUUUAGAAUGGAGCAGCAAGCAGAAGAAACAGUGAAAUUGCAGGGUUAAUCAAAUAUUUUAUAUGAUACACAUAUUAUUUACAGAUAUGAUCAAACUAAGUAUUACUUGCGUGUGUUAUAUUAGCAUAUUAAUAUUUUCUUAUGAAAUGUUCUUAAGAUGAUUUUAAAUAUUGUUAAAUAAAAUUUGUAUACUUUUUAGAUAUGCACCAAAUAAAUUAAAAUAAAAAUCUUUACAUUCCUAAAA